AUGCAUCAGUUUGGUGAUGAGAGGCUUUAUUGUGUCGUCUUUGAUGGUAAGUAUAAGACAUGGUAUUCUGCUGAUCAACCUAAGAAGAGGGAUCCUGUGUGGGUAACGUCCGGCGAUGUUCUCCUCGCCAUGAGGAAGCGUUCUGGUUACAUGCGGGGAUACCGCGUUAAGGUCCUCGCUCACGGCCUCCCAUUCAUCCUCCAGUGGAGGGGAGUCCAACGCGGUAUGCAGUCCACUACGGCGAAAAUUGAGAGGGGAUGUGGCGGCUUUUGCGUUUUUGGCGACUACGGCCCGAUGUAUACCGUUGACGACACCUACCGGGUUGAGGACUCGACUAUUGAGCUCAGCUUCGACCAUUCCGUCCUCACGGCUACAACACCAUACCCUCCCCAUGAUACUACGGAAACACCAGAGAUGCCGGGGACGGGGGCGCCUGUAGAGUCUACUACUACCGAGGCCCCUGUAGAAGAAUCUACUACUGAAGCCCCCGUAGAUGCGGCUACCACUGAGGCCCCCGUAGAUGCGGCUACCACUGGGGCCCCUGUAGAUGCGGCUACCACUGAAGCACCUAUAGGUGAGGCUACUACUGAAGCCCCUGUGAAUGAGUUUACUACUGGCGCCCCUAUAGACGAGUCCGCUAGUGAAGCUCCUGUAGGUGAGGCUACUACCGAAGCCCCUGUAGAUGAGUCUACUACUGAGGCCCCUGUAGACGAGUCUACCACUGAGGCCCCUGUAGACGAGUCCACUACUGAAGCCCCUGUAGACGAGUCUACUACUGAGGCCACUACUGAAGAGUUUACUACUGAGGCCGCUGUAGAUGACUCUACUACUGAGGCCACUAUGGAAGAGUCUACUACUGAGGCCACUAUGGAAGAGUCUACUACUGAGGCCCCUGUAGACGAGUUCACUACUGAAUCUCCUGUAGGUGAGGGUACCACUGAAGCCCCUGUACGCGGUACCACUACUGAAGCCCCUGUAGGUGAGGCUACUACCGAAGCCCCUGUAGAUGUGUCUACUACUGGAUUCCCUGUUGGAGAGUCUACUACUGAGGCCACUAUGGAAGAGUCUACUACUGAGGCCCCUGUAGACGAGUUCACUACUGAAUCUCCUGUAGGUGAGGGUACCACUGAAGCCCCUGUACGCGGUACCACUACUGAAGCCCCUGUAGGUGAGGCUACUACCGAAGCCCCUGUAGAUGUGUCUACUACUGGAUUCCCUGUUGGAGAGUCUACUAGUGAAGCACCUAUAGAUGAGUCCACUACUGAGGCCCCUGUAGACGGGUCUACGACUGAAUCUCCUGUAGACGAGUCUACUACUGAAGCCCCUGCAGAUGAGCUUACUACUGGAGCCCCUAUAGACGA